CUAGGGAAGUCUUGUCAAAGCAAUAAAAGAAGGAGAAUGGAUUCUUUUAGAUGAAAUUAAUCUUGCUGAAGCUGAAACCUUGGAAUGUCUUGGAGGUCUUUUAGAAAGUGCUUCCAGUUCAAUUACUUUAACUGAAAGAGGGGAUACAGAAGCAAUUAAACGACAUCCCGAGUUUUGUCUGUUUGCCUGCAUGAAUCCAGCAACUGAUAUUGGUAGGAAAGAUCUUCCUCCUGGCAUUAGAAAUAGAUUUUCAGAAUUUUUUAUGGAAGAUUUAGAAGACAAGGAAGAUUUAGCAAUUUUAAUUGACAGUUAUCUGAAAGGUUUAACACUUUCAACAGAAACAGUAAACAAUAUUGUCAAAUUUUAUAUCCAGAUUAGAAAAGAUGCUGAAUGCAAAUAUUCGGAUGGAACUGGACAUCAUCCCCAUUACAGUUUGAGAACAUUAUGUCGUGCUUUGGAUUAUGCUGGUAGAAAUCCUUGUUACUGUGUUCCACGUUCAUUAUUUGAGGGAUUCUGUUUAAGUUUUUUGACUCAGUUGGAUCGAUCGAGCCAUCCUUUAGUCAUUAAACAAAUAAAGCAACAUAUAUUGAAGAAAAACCAGCAGUCUAUUUUGCAUCAACCAAUUAAACAACCUGGUGAAAAAUUUAUAUGCUUUGAGGGAUAUUGGAUUCAAAGAGGUGAAAAUAAUCCUGUCACUCCUUCAAAUUAUAUUUUGACACCAUCAGUUAAACAGAACUUAAAAGAUUUAGCUCGAAUUGUAUCUGCAGGAAAGCAUCCUGUUCUAUUGCAAGGAGAGACAUCUGUUGGAAAAACAAGUUUAAUUCAAUGGCUUGCUUCAGUGUCUGGUAACAAAUGUGUAAGAAUAAAUAAUCAUGAACAUUCAGAUUUACAAGAAUAUGUAGGAAAUUAUACUUCUGAUGAUGAUGGAAAAUUAUUUUUCAAGGAAGGUAUUUUAGUAGAAGCUAUGAAAUUUGGUUAUUGGAUUAUUUUAGAUGAACUUAAUCUUGCACCAACUGAAGUCCUUGAAGCCUUAAACAGGGUACUAGAUGACAACAGAGAACUUUUUAUUCCUGAAACACAACAAACAAUAAAGGCUCAUCCACAGUUUAUGUUAUUUGCAACCCAAAAUCCACCAGGAUUGUAUGGUGGAAGAAAA